UAGAGCGAUAGAGCGAAAGAGAGAGUCAGCCGGGGGGCUACAAAGUAGAAAUACCCCUUCGCUUCCCUUUCGCAAGCGAGAGAUCUCAUCUGCAUCUCUCCUCUGUCUCAUCCCUUCUCUGCUCUUUGAAGUUGUGGAGCGAAGUCGAGACUCGAGAGGAAUCAGUGAACAAAUCCCCAAAUUCCAAUUUCUUCUUCUUCGAUAUGGAAAAGGAGAUGGAGAUGGAGAUGCCUAUGGCUUCCCUCCAUAAGAACAGCUCAUCGUCUUCGACGGUCCGGUUCCUUGGCCUCCUAAAACAGCCGGAUUCUGAUUCGGUGCCCUUCGAAUUGGACGAAAGCGAGGUGGUUUGGUCAGCUGAGCUCUCCGAUUCCCACGAAUCUGUUUCCCUCGGUCCGAUUCACUCCGCCGCCUCUACAAUACUCUCCGCCUCCCCUCCCGAUCACCGUUACCACCAAUAUCGGCCGGAAAGAUUCGGUCUUUCGGCAGCUUUGUCCGACGACCGCCGCCCACUUGUGCAGAGAAAACCAUCCCUGAAUCCUUCUCUGUCCGCUGCUAGUGCGGCACGAACGAUUCCACCGGUGCCAAUCCCACGCUCCGGGGGAUCAGAGGACUUCUCAAACUCAUCUUCAGGCAGAACCAAGUUUCAUCAGUCUGCUCCAGUGAACGUUCCAGUCUGGCCUAGAGGGCUUGUCAAUGGAGGCCCUGGAUCCUCCAAUCUGGGGAGUUUCAACGAGGAUGACGAGGACACUGAGGAGGAGAUGCUGCCACCGCACGAGAUCGUGGCAAGGUCCCAUACCACCACUUUCUCUAUGUUCGAAGGGGUGGGGCGGACACUCAAAGGGAGGGAUCUGCGCCGUGUCCGGAAUGCUGUUUUCCAGAAGACAGGUUUUCUAGACUGAAACUUGAAACCCCGGGUGGUCGUAUCACUUUGUCGCUCUCAAUCUAUUUAGUGAUGCAUCUCCUGUCAAAACGUUCCUCACAGGAAAUUGUAAUAUUCCAGGUCCUCUUUUUAUCUUUAUUUUAAUUUCUUUGAAACUUUUGUUCAUAGGGGAAUUCCUUUGUCUCUGUUAAUUAUGGUUGAAUAACUCUUUUUCAUGAAUUGAUACUGAUGUCAACUUGUAUUUAUUAGACUGGAAAUUUAAGAAGAAAGGUUUGCCUUUCCAAUUUUUUUCUGCUUUC